AUCCACAAUGCACAGCGGAGGGAGAAAAUUAUGAUUGUUGCUGUAAUUACAGUAAUUCCUCAGACGAUAAAAGGAAAGAUCAAGACCGACUGACCACCGAGAUGUUUAAAGCACUGGACAAAGUUAACUAUGACAACCUUGUCUUAAAUCAAAACACUACCAAGGUAAAAGAAGCCCUCAAACCAAACAACCUCGUGAACUUGAGCUGCUUUGCCUUGAACAGGAACCCAAGCAAUGCUGAACGAGCAAUCAAAACCAUACCGGCACAUCUAGCUCCCAGUGUGUUAAGGGCAGCCAUAGAGAAAAAGGAAUCGGAGACUGCCAGUGCUGUUCUGUCAAAUUGGCCACUUAAAGAUUUAUGUUUUAAAGAGAUUCUAGGUUCUGACCAUGCAGACAUUUUCCAGGAAGGAACUGGUUUUCAUUUUGAUCUGGUAGUGUUUCGAGGGAUCAGGAACCGGACAAAGUUUUGUAAAAUCACUACAGUGGACUUCAGAGGGUUCAAACUCAAUCCAACAUUCUGUCAGCUCGUGAUCCAGAUGUGGCCCCUUAUGUCAUUAAAAAAGUCACAAGUGAAACCGAAAUAUUUAGCAAAGGUCAUAGCUAAAACGGCAGGUGUAGCAGCCAGUCAGCUGACAGAAGAGGUGUUACCGAGGUUACUAUUUGAUAGAACUAUAGAACCCAGAUACAGAAUCCACAUUCCUCGAGGAGAACGAAUGGUUGUAAAACUUGACAGCAUCCAAUUCACCAAUAGUAACACAUUGUUCCUGGACUACCUCAUCUGUAACUGUCUACGGAGUAUCACACCUGUCUACGUGUCUGUGUCUAACAUAUAUAUCAGAUCUGACCCUUCACUCGGAGAUGAGAUCACAGAGUCACUGGCACCAUUCAUCGUCUUACGAGGACAAGACAUGGAGUACCUGGAGGGGAUCUCCUUAAAGCAACUUGAGGAUGGUAUAUUUUUCAUGGUGUGUUCAGACAUUCAAAAGUUUUCUCACCUGCGUGCCCUUGACCUUCAAGACUGUAACAUUUACCUGCAAGAAGGUCGCACGCGCAGCCGGACUUCUGGUCGUCUUCAGAUGGUCAGUACUUUAGGGUCAUUUGCACACCUCACUCGACUAGAUCUCGGCUUUAACUACUUACUGGGAUGCCUUGGAGAGCUUCUUGAUGCUCUGAAAACUCCACUAGAGUAUCUGAGUGUUCGAGGAUGUGACUUAAAUGAAGAAGAUUUAGCAGCAUUAGCAGAGUCAAACCACGCUAAACAUCUGAGAGAGUUAAAUCUAAGUAAAGUGUGUCAAUUUUCAAUUUAUGAAAAUGACCGUAUCUCCCCUGUAUAUCUGCUGAGAAUCACAAAACAUUUCCCUAAUGUGAAUAUCUUUAACCUCACUCAAAACCAUUUACCUGAUGCGUGCAUCUCAGAGUUUUGUACCAUAUUAACACAGAACUUGACAAAGCUAAAAGCUUUGGACAUUUCUGGAAAUAUUCUGACGGAGAACAACCUGUUAGAUAUCACACGCUCUAUUGGCAAACUGAAGUCCAUGCAGUGGUUUAGGUUCACAUGUGCUAGCAACUUGCUUGAAGAGCCCUUUAUUCCCUUUGAUAAUUCCGGAGAAAUGAAGAAAAAAUUCUGUGAUACUCUUGCUUCACUUGGACGAGAUGAUAUCAAGGUUGACCUUGUCAAACUGUCAUAUGCUAUAUUUGUGGACUUAUUGGAUGUCAUGGACUAAAGACUUGUUUGUCUGCAUUCUGCUUUAUACUCAUUCAUUUUAAGCAAAGGUAUUCAGAUUAGUUAAGACAGCAUCAGGCUUUACAAACCAGGUUAACAGACUUCAUUUGUACGGGUGUUGGACUGUAGACUCACUCAGUGUGUGACAAUACCUGUACAGGUAGACUCAGUAUGUGACAAUACCUGUACAGGUGUUGGACUGUAGACUCUCUCAGUAUGUGACAAUACCUGUACAGGUGUUGGACUGUAGACUCACUAUGUGACAAUACCUGUACAAGUGUUGGACUGUAGACUCACUCAGUAUGUGACAAUACCUGUACAGGUGUUGGACUGUAGACUCUCUAAGUAUGUGACAAUACCUUUACAGGUGUUUGACUGUAGAAUCUCUCAGUAUGUGACAAUACCUGUACAGGUGUUGGACUGUAGACUCACUCAGUUUGUGACAAUACCUGUACAGGUGUUGGAAUGUAGACUCACUCAGUAUGUGACAAUACUUGUAGGCGUGUGACUGUAGACUUACUCAGUAUGUGACAAUACCUGUACAAGUGUUGGACUGUAGACUUACUCAGUAUGUGACAAUACCUGUACAAGUGUUGGACUGUAGACUCACUCAAUGUGUGACAAUACCUGUACAGGUGUUGGACUGUAGACUCUCUCAGUAUGUGACAAUACCUGUACAGGUGUUGGAAUGUAUACUUACUCAGUAUGUGACAAUACCUGUACAGGUGUUGGACUGUAGACUCUCUCAGUAUGUGACAAUACCUGUACAGGUGUUGGAAUGUAUACUUACUCAGUAUGUGACAAUACCUGUACAGAUGUUGGACUGUAGACUUACUCAGUAUGUGACAAUACCUGUACAGGUGUUGGACUGUAGAUUCAGUAUGUGACAAUACCUGUACAGGUGUUGGACUGUAGACUCAGUAUGUGACAAUACCUGUACAGGUGUUGAACUGUAGACUCAGUAUGUGACAAUAAGUGUACAGGUGUUGGACUGUAGACUCCUCAGUAUGUGACAAUACCUGUACAGGUGUUGGACUGUAGACUCUCUCAGUAUGUGACAAUACCUGUACAGGUGUUGGACUGUAGACUUACUCAGUAUGUGACAAUACCUGUGCAAGUGUUGGACUGUAGACUCCCACUGUGUGUGACAAUACCUGUACAGGUGUUGGACUGUAGACUCACUUUGUGUGUGAUGAUACCUGUACAGAUAUAGGACCAUAGAUUCACUGAAUGACAGUUUUUGUUCAGGUGUUGGACUUUCCAUGCAAAACUAUGAAUGGUGUAGGCUUAUUAUGGCUGCAAAAUCACUGUACAGCAAGUUGACAUGGUAUAGACUGUACUGACUUCUGACAAUACUUAUACAUAUCUGAUCAACAGAACCCAUGUUAAGAAAUCCUUGAACACUCUCUGAUUACUUAAUGAGCUGCAGUGCUAAUUAGCUUUAGCACAGACAUAACUGAAUCUGAUGUCUCACUUGUCAUAUGGAUUCAUAGUCAGUCUUAAAAAUAAACCAUUUUUGAUA